AUGGACGAAUUUAUUCGACAAUUGACGCAUGAUGAGCAACAAUUCGAUAAUCAAUCGUCUAACAUAUAUGAUCGACUACAUAAAAUGUUCAAUGAAUAUCAAGAGAAACAUACUGAUAUUUCAAAUUUCAAGGUCAAAGUUUUAGAUGCUCUCGUCGAUUAUGUACUUGCAGAAUCAACAUAUGAUUGUGAAUCGUUCUCUGUUAAAGUGGUGUUUAUCAAGAACACUGUAAAAUUAUUAGUCGGUGAUCCAUUACCAUCACUGACUGAUCUUGUACGUAUCUUGCGACGUAUUCUUGAUACAAAUAAUAUAUUUCAUCAGUGGCAUCUACACUGCAUUAAAACUUUUCAUUAUCAAUUCCGACUGUGUGAACGUUUAUCAUCGACGAAAUCGAUCGAUUUGAUCGAAUCAAUUUUUCAAGGUCUUCAAAAGCAUUCAUUUUCAAAUGACCAAACAGAUAAAAAAACACAAGAAGAAUGGAAAGAAUUUUUAUCUAACAUAAUGUUCCCAUCAUUAUCCAUGGACAAAAAUGUAUUAAAUCAUGAAGAAACAAUGCUUGCAAUGCGACCUGCUUAUCAACAACUGUUUAGGUAUGCUGCUCGUAUGUCUCACCAAUCACAGGUCUGGUCAGGUGUUAUAUCAACAUUAACACGAACAUUACCAACAUUAUUCGAUGAAUAUUCUAAUCCAAGCGAUGCUAAAGCUGACCUAGUAGAAUGUGUUAAACCACCGAUUUCGACUGAUUUUGUCAAAUUGCUUGUUAAAUCGUAUAAAAAAAGUGUUAAUCUAUUCAAAAUGAAUUCAUCGGAAAUUCCGACUGUAAUUGAAAAACUGAUGUUAUUUGAUCAGAUGACACAAGCUCGUGAUUUUAUUGAAGAUAUAAUUAUUGUUCAUUUUGAUUCAGCAAUUGAUAUCAUCGAUCCUUUAGUUCAUAUGUUUAUACGUACAUGUCCAAUGGUAAAUAUCAAUAAUCGAAAUGAAUUAUGUAAACAAGUUAUAUCACGUCUAGUCUAUAAAUUGGCCAAUGUUAAAUGUAACAAAAAACUUGCACCACUCUUUUUUGAUUUUGUUCUUGCCAUACUCAAUUUAUGUGUACUCGAAGCACCUUCAUGUGCUUUGAAUUUACUUAAGAAAGCUGACUUCUAUCCAUGGAAAGACUUAGCACCAAAAUUCAAAGAUCUCACUCGAUUAUGUGCUGCCUAUGAAACGGUAUAUGUAACAACCUAUUUUAGCGAACUUGAUAAACUCGAAGAUAUUCUUGAAUUAGCUGUCGAAAGAGCUAAAGUUAAUGUCAUCAUUUUUCGAUCAACACACGACGAAGCUUUAAAAGCUACACUUCGUUGGUCGACAACACCAAUCGAGAAUAAUAGUAAAAAGCCAUGGUUAAAACAUGUUUACAACAUGGGACGACAGAUGAUGAAACUGAUCGAUCAAAAACAAGUCACUACCGAACUUUUUUCUCAAUUUGUUAAAGCACUCGAACAGAGCAUUAUCGAUAGUGAGAAUGAUGAUAAUCAAGAAACAAGACGAAUUAUAAAUCCAUUUUUCAUUAGCUUAGCAACACAGUUAGGAAAGUAUAUUGAAACUCUUAAAGAUCUUCCACACGAAAUUCAUCGUCAAUUGGCUUCGUUUAUUCUAACUGCACUCAAACGUCCAUGUAAAAAUGAAAAUGGACAAAUGUCAUUCGAAUAUAGUAUAACGAUGAUUGUUUGGUUUAAAAUUCCACAAUGUCUAAAGAAUGAGGCUGAUAUUCGUCUUUAUGAAUCAUGCCUUAAAGAAAUACAUUCAUUAGCAUGUGAUAAUGAAGAGAAAUCAUUUUUUGACUUGUGGAAUACAUUUUGGAUGAUUGUCGGUAUGAAAGUACCUGAUGCGGCUACCGAUUAUGUUGAAGAUUUUCUAAAUGAUUUACUUGAUCGAAAGCAUCUUACUAUGACUGGUCUAUUGCCAACACUUUAUCCUAAACGUCCUGAACCGUAUCAUGCUCGGCUAGAUGAAUUUAUCAAUAGUAUGCUUUCUGGUGAUGUAUCAUACAUAAUAUCACUAGGAAAUAUCUUUUCUAUCAUUGCCAAAGAACAUCCUGAAUUGAUUACAGAAGAUCAAGUCAAUAAUAUAUUCAUUUUACUGAAAGAUCAUAGCGGUACUUCGCUAGAAUUAUAUUGCAUUUUUCAAGGACUUGGCUUUGUGGCAAAUGCACAACCUCAUCUAUUUCAAAAACAUUAUACUGCACUCGUACGUUUUAUUGUUGAUCUACAAAAUGUAUCAGCCUUUACUUGUCUUCAACAAUAUUUUGUUGCAUCAACUAUUGUUAAUGGUGAACAACAGGCCAAUGAAUCUCUUACAUUUCUUAUUGAUCUUUUAAAACGUGGUUCGGCAAUUACGAAUGAUAUUCGAAAGCAAAUCUUUCAUACAUGUCAAUUAAUCGGUGUAAUCAAUAAGCAAGCACUUGAAACUAGAAGAACUGAUUUAGAAGCAUUCAAUUCAUUUCCAGAAUGUCGAGCAUUGAUUGAUUUUAUUGAUGGCAAUAAAAUGAGUGAAGAAAAUCAAGCUGCGAUAAAUCAAACACGUGAAGAAAUCACACAAAUGGAAAAACGUGUUGUCAAAACUGAGAAAGAUGUGCAUAAUAUAACAAAUGUUGUGAAACGACAAGAACUGAAUGUGACCAAUCUUGGCGCACGUGUCGAUUCAGUUGAUACACGUUUAAAUGAUGUCACUGAACAAGUACAAACACAAGCACGUGAAAUUGAACGAAUCGAUGCAAAAACAUUGAGCUAUGUACCAGCUGAAUGGGGUCGACAAGUGACUAAAUUAUUAAAUCAACGAGCAGAUAAUGAUUGGCGUUUACUUGGAAAACGUUUCGGUUAUUCAACUAGUGAAUUAAGACAUUGGGCUCUUCAAGCUGAUCCAUCUAUGAGUUUAUUGAAUGAAUGGUUCAUGACACACAAAACUGAUGAAGCAACUUAUGGACUUGUCAAGAUGUUGGAUGACAUCGGUCGACAAGAUGUCACAAAAAUUAUUCGUGAAGCAGUUUCGGCAGCCGGUCAACUUAUACCUGAUGAUAUGCCUAUGGAAAUCAAACGACUUCCACCUGUCUUUCUUUCAUAUCAAUGGGGAACUCAAAAAGCCGUUCAAACACUCAAGACUCAUCUUGAAGAAGCUGGUUAUGCGUGUUGGAUGGACAUUGGACAGAUGGGUGGUGGUGAUAAAUUAUUUGCUAAAAUUGAUGCUGGUAUUCGCGGAGCAAAAGUUGUUAUAUGUUGUAUGAAUUCAGCGUAUAGUCAAUCGGAUAAUUGUUUACGUGAAGUUCAUCUAUGUAUUAGUACAGGCAAACCAAUAAUUCCUUUACAAAUGGAAAAACAAACAUGGCCACCUGAAGGUGCUCUCGGUCCAAUCAUGAGCGAAUAUUUAUACAUUCGAUUUUAUGAUCGUAAAUCGAAUUCGGAAAAUUAUUGGCCUGCAGAUCGAUUUACGGAACUUCUUGGUCAAAUUCGCUAUCAUGUAGCUCCAGAUCCUGAUAUGAUUAGUGAACGAUAUAGCAAUUGGUUUGUACCACGUGUCGAUAAUUUAAUCUUUCUUCAACCAACAUCCAAUGACAAUAAGAAUAAACAAGUUGAAUUGAAAGAUGGUACUCCACUCGUCGUUACUCAUCCACAAGUAAUGAUAUCAUAUCAAUGGGAUCGUCAAACUGAUAUUGUUGCUCUCUAUAAACGAUUGACACAAUUAGGCUACCGGUGUUGGCUUGAUAUAUUUCAGAUGGGUGGUGGAGAUUCUCUAUUUGAAAAGAUUGAUGCUGGAAUUCGUAAUGCCAAAUGUGUACUUGCUUGUGUCACUCCAAAAUAUACGAAAUCGAUCAAUUGUCGACGAGAAAUGUCAUUAGCCGAUGCACUUACUAAACCAAUUGUUCCGUUAUUACUUGAAGAUACCGGUACAUGGCCACCAGCAGGUCCUAUGGCACUUGUCUUUACUGAUAAACUAUACAUUGAUUUUCGUCAUCAGAAUGAAAAUAUUCAAGAUACUCAAGAUAUAUGGUCAUUGAAAGAAUUCGAACAAGUACUUGCUCGAUUGAAAAUAGCUGUACCCGAAGUUCAAACAGAGAAGCCUCGUAAACAUUUACUCGAUAUGAAACGACCGACAACAGCAUUAGGACAAGCCGAAAAUAAGAAACGACCAGCACGUAUUCGAAGUGCACCAAGUGUUCCACAGAGUCGAGCAUGUUCUCUCAUGUAA